GCGCCGUCCAUGGGCAUUUCGCCGCGGCGCGCGGUCGUGCGAGGUUCGACGACGUCGAAAGCGCGGCCCAGCGCAAAGAAACUCGCAGCGACCAAAAAGAAACGCGUGGUCGCGGCUCGUUCCAAGGACGAGGACAUCGGCGUCGCCCACCGCUACUUCGCGGCGGCGCCUGAGGACUCGCGGUUCUACUUCCGCGCGUUAGGGAUCCGCGGCGGCGGCGCCGAGAUUCCGCCCGCCGACGGUCUCCCGGGCGGACCGCCGCGCGGCGGCGAAACCGCCGUCGGCAAGGAGCAGUGUGCGUGAAUCAAAUUUCGAGGCGCCUCCACGCCAUCGACGCGACUCACAGCUCGGUUUCGUAAGCAGGCGAGGCUCCCGAGGACAUCCUCUCGUACGGUGGUAGCCACCAGGAUCAGCUCCAGGGCUUGCUCGCCGUGCUCGCCACGCAGGAGGCUGUGCGGAAAUCAAAUACAGAUGGACGCCAUCGACGCGACGUCCACACAGGCAGGAAGUCCAGGAAUCCAUGUCGGACUGCGAGGAGAUCAUGUCCAUGCAGAGCCGCACGGGCGUCAUCUACGCGACGACCUGUGUGGAAAUCAACCAGUGUGUCGGGUGCACCCGAUAAUUCUUCACUAAGUCACUUCUCGGCGAUGACGCCGCCGCUCUGAAACCGUCGAAUAAGGAACCGGCAUCGCCACGCCAUCGAGCAGGCGACGCGUCAAUGGCGUGGAGGUCGACGUGACGACUCAGCACGCACCGCGAAGUUUUGAUUUCCACACAGGCGACGACGCGGGCCAAGCGCUGGGGAUUCAAGGGCGCCGGCGACCCCGCGUGGGGCAACCUCGGCCAGGGCGCGCCGGAGACGGGGCCCAUCGGCGGCCCGGAGCGUUCUCUGGCCGUCGAGCUCGACGACGAGACGAAUGAGUAUGGAGACGUCAACGGGCGCCGCGACCUCCGCGACGCCGUCGCCCAGUACUACAACCACUGGUUCCGCCAGGGCAAGAAGUCGCAAUAUACGGCGGCCAACGUGGCCAUCGUUCCAGGCGGCCGCGCGGGACUCUCUCGUUUGAUGGCGUCGCUCCACAACGUCAACGUCGGCUACUUUCUCCCGGACUACACGGCGUACCAGCAACUGCUCGGCGAGUUCACAGGAGUGGCGCCGAUCGCCAUCGCCCACGACCAGGACGGCUUGCGAACGUCGCCCGAGCAUUUACGCCGCCAGAUCCAACUGCAUGGAUUAGGGGCGUUUCUCUGGAGCAACCCGGCGAACCCCACGGGCGAGCCGAUUGAGGGAGACACUCUACGGCAAUACGUCGAGAUCGCGCGCCAGGAGAACACGAUGAUGCUCAUGGACGAAUUUUAUUCCCACUACAUGUACGAGCAGGACUCAUCGAGUGGCCGACCCUUCCACACGCUCUCGUCGGCGGAGUUCGUAGAAGAUGUCAACAAGGACCCUAUAUGUAUUGUGAACGGCUUCACGAAAAAUUGGCGGUUGCCGCUCGCCUCCCGCGUCCGUCUUUCCGUUUGCACGCUCCGCGCCAUCGACGCGAUCUUCCCGCAGGGGUUGGCGUUGCUGCUGGGUGGUGGGACCGAAGCACUGCAUUGAUGUGUUGGGAAGCAUCGGCUCCUUCAUGGACGGCGGCACGAACAACCCGCUGCAAAAGGCCGCGGUUCCCUUGCUCGAGCCUGGAUUUGUGGAAAAGGACGCGCUAGCGCUGCAGGCGCACUUCCGCGAGAAGCGCGACUACAUGGUACGGGAGCUCGAGGCGAUGGGCAUCAAGGCGCGCGUGCCGAAGAGCACCUUUUACAUCUGGGCGGACGUCUCGGUAGCGUACUGCGUCUGCUCGAUGGCGUGGAGGCCGACACGAGUCUCUCCGCACAGGCGUUGCCGCCGCCGCUGAACAACUGCGUGGUGUUCUUCGAGUAUUGUGUCCGACACAAGGUCAUCUGCGUGCCAGGCAUAUUCUUCGACGUGAAUCCCUUCCACCGCCGCCGCUUCCACAAGUCGCCGUAUAUUGACAAGCGGAGCACCGCGUCUCGAAUAAUGCGUCCACGGCUUGACUUAGGCUCGAUUUCCGUACAGGCUCCGCAUGUCGUACGGGCCCGCGUGGCCGAAUUUGAAGCAGGCCGUCAAGGGCAUGAAGGAGAUCAUCGACCUCGCGAAGGCGGGGCGGCUCCCACCCCUCGGCGAGCCGACGGACUGA